AGUCAAAUUCUACUAUUAUACUGUAAUUGAACAAAAACAAUGGCAGCCAUUUCCUUUGAUCCAAGGUUCAAUGUUGAGGUAAAGCAGAAGAGCCAUGGUGUUGUGGUUGAAGAGAUUGAAGGGCUCAUCCGAGUUUACGAAAACGGACAUGUAGAGAGGCCUCCAAUCAUCCCUAUCGUCCCCUGCACAACCUCCAGUUGUGUGACAGUUAAGGACGUCGUCUUCGACAAAUUCACCGGCUCGUGGACUCGUAUCUAUGUCCCAAACCACUCCGAUAAGAUGCCUUUGCUUGUUUACUUCCAUGGUGGUGGAUUCUGUGUUGGCUCCGCUGCUUGGAGUUGCUACAAUGAGUUUUUGUCCGGUCUUGCUUCGAAAGCAGGUUGCAUUAUCCUCUCCGUAAACUACCGAUUAGCUCCCGAAAAUCGGCUUCCGGCUGCUUACGAUGACGGCAUCGAGACCCUUAUGUGGGUUAAACAACAAGCUCUAAAUGGACCGAGUGAACAUAAAUGGUGGCUAAGUCAUUGUGAUCUGUCUAGUUUGUUUCUAGCGGGUGACAGUUCUGGUGCCAAUAUAGCUUACAAUGUGGCCACUAGAUUAGGAUCCCACGGAAGCGCCACGGCUGGUUCCGGGAUCAAGCCAUUGGUUCUCAAGGGCUCGAUCUUGAUUCAACCAUUUUUUGGAGGCGAGUCCAGAACCGCAACCGAAAUACAUGCCCCCCCACAAGUUAAUUCGGGGCUCACUUUAUCCGCAUGCCAUGUUUAUUGGAGAUUAUCGCUGCCUUUCGGUUCGAACCGUGACCAUCCAUGGUGCAACCCUUUAGCCAGUGGUGCAACCAAGUUAAGGGAACUGAAACUUCCACCCACGAUGGUGUGCGUAUCGGAGAUGGAUAUAUUGAAAGAAAGGAACAUGGGAUUCUGCAAUGCUUUGGCCAGUGCUGGUAAAAGGGUUGAAGUGAAGAUUUACAAAGGAGUUGGGCAUGCAUUUCAAGUUCUUCAUAAUUCUCCAUUUUCUCAAAUUCGAACUCAAGAAAUGAUUUCACAUAUUAAGACUUUCAUCAACCAGUAAUUGAUGAAUCAUACAUGCAUCAUGUAAAUUUUAGAUAUUGUAGUUGCCAUGUC